CAUUACCAAAAUAGCGCUCGCCUGACAAUGAGCAACGAAAGUGAAUCAAUGCGCGCAUGGUUAACUAUCAGCCAAUAGGGUCUUUGUGCCAGUACUUUGGAACAUCCCUCAUAUUAAAAGCGAUCGACAUUUCCCCCUUUCCUUUAUUCGCUUGCGCAUGAGAACGGUCAACGACAGUCAAUCAAUCCUCUGUUCUUGGUCCCUUGGCCCGUUGCUGGUUACAUAUGCGCCUACGUACCACUCCAAGAACUGCGGAUAUACGCAUUGUCAUCUGCGCCCAUGCAAUUUGCCUACCCGCUGUUGUCGUCGUCAUGGCAUAAAUUGCGAUGAACAGAUCCCCGUGUCCUUGGUUGUUGGAUCCGCAGGUAGCUGCCUACCAACUUACAAGGAGAACAGGGGAAUCAUACCGCUACUCCCACAGCAACCGACCCAUUCAGUAGAGGGCCGCUAUACGGUACUUCGUACAAUAGCGCGCCUACGUACCACUGAACCCAGCACAAGACCCCAUUUCCGCCAUCUGAUCACAUCUAAGCAACUUCUGAGCUUCGGGUCGGCCUUGGCUUUGGUUAGCUAUGGCUCAGUCUUCAUCCGCGUGUUCAAUUCGUUCAACGCGGAUCAGAUCUAACCUCUGAUUCCUUUGGAUAGGUCUGUGAAGAUCGAAAGGCUACGAAGCGAGUCUCGUAAUUGACUGAGCAUUUCUUCAGUCUCAAUACAGACAUUUGCUACCUACCUUACCACACAGCCGGUCAGACCAUUUUUCGCGAGUUAUGUUAUCGAGCCUAGGUGCCUACCUUAGUAGGCAUGGGCCUCUGUGGAGCUACGUUCCGCACUUGCAGUACAGUGCAUGUGCUGCUGUGCUAGCCUAAAGCCUCAGCUGCAUUUCACUUUCGGGUACCUGGCACUAAUCUUCUAAAUCUGUUACCCUCGGGCUCUAGAUCAGAGAGACCCUUCAAAACUCUCUUUGGAGUGGCCGUUAGCCGUUUCAUAAUGAGGCCUAGCGGUAAAGCCAAUCAUGACGCCGAGUUUUACGAGCACACUCUCAUCUCGAUUGAUAGCCGCCAACAACAACCCAUGGAUCUCCGGUUAGUAGGAUCUCGCUCUUGCCAGCUUUUAAUUCCAAUAUUGCUCGACAUCCACGCAUCCAUCUGGUUGGUUGCUGGUUUAAUGAGGUCCAAGGCUAUUACUUGCAAAUCAACAACCAAGCUCGUUCAAAGACAUCCAAUGUCGUGAUGCUCGGUUCGUGACUGAAUGCGUCUUGUCUGGCUUUGAUCCACCGAGCGUCAGAAUUAGAUCGGCAUUGCCGCGUCUUGUUAAUUCCCUGACUCCCUCAAUAAUUCCUCACCCUGGUAUUCGCCAAGCGAAGUCUGGCUGGGUGCGAAAAUACCAGUUGAUGGCGUCCAAUCGACAACGCCUCGGCAAAUACUUAAUCUUGCUUCCUUGCUCGAGUCAUCGCUGUCUCUCCUGACGCUUCUCAGAGCGGAUCGUGGCCAGACUUACAGCAGCCCCCCACUUUGUUGGGUCUGACUACGAAAAUUAUCUUUCUUAAUCCUUUCUUCUUUGUCUUCCUGGUGUUUCUAAAACGGUGAAGCCCCCUUUUGGACAAGCCAGCCCAAGCCUUGGCAUUCUUGUCUCUCUUCUUUUCUGGUUUUUGCAAACGCAACCAGCUUGUUUAGAGCUUAGACUAACGUUCUCCUUUUCUUUUCUCUCCACUUUUUGUCUGCUUCCCCUUGCAUUGGCUUUCGGGUCUUUCAUCGGCUGGAUAUUGUCGGUUCGGUGGCACACGUCAGCACCUAAUUUCGUCCUCUCUCAAAGAUAUUGUUCACUCGCUGACCGCCGCCACAUGGUUUCGCCUUGUUACAGUGGCUGGAUGUGUCUGUGCAGAGAAGGAUGCUCGUGUCCCUACGGGUCAGUAACAGUUGAUCCGAUAUCAAAAUAUUCAAGAAUAAGCUAAGUAUCUUCCGUUCUGUGACCCGGACCUCGGAGAGCAAGGAAACUUCAGACCUUGACAGAAUAUGCCAAACUUGAUUCAUCAAAUAAUCCCCUAAACUUACACCAGCUUGUCUG